AUGAAAACGCUGACGAACAAAGAGACGCACACGACCCCGAGGGCGGAAGGUCCGUCGAACAAGAAGUGUCCUCCCGGGAUGUUGCCGACGAGGAAGAGGCAGGGCAAGAAAAUGAGGAAGAAUUGUCCCGGCCCGGUGUCGAGGAGCAGGUGGCACAAGAUGAAAACGAAGAGCACAGCGGCUUGGCUCCGGAGAAUAUCACACCCUUCGGUGGUCGAAGUCAACCCGUGCAUCAAACUGGGAGCGAUCGGGAACAAACGCCGGCAGGGCAGCAAACCGUGUCAUUUGCAGAUCCGAAAUUCUUCCCCUCACCACAACCAGGACGUUUAUGAACCGCAAAUAUGUCUGGCCCUGGAAGAUUCUAAACUUGUGAUGCUGUCUCUGAAAUCAGAAGAAAUUUGUAUUGUGUGGCCAGCAAUAGAACUCCAGUUUGCCUUUGCGCUACGCGGAGAGAGCAUUUCUCAUGCGAAAUAGGCAUUGGGAAGCCCUGCGAAAGUCUGUGAUGCUAGUGCAUGCAUUACAGACCUCAUGGGUCAUCCAGAAUAUGCAUGACAAAUCUGGCAAUCUUCCAGACCGAGAUACUUUUGCAGUUCAUAAUGCUCGUUGCUAGCCGAAAUCAUGAUCAGUCGCACCCCCGUAUCCUUUGCAAAAGUAUCGUGCUCGUACCAAUUGCGUUUAUGCAUGACAAAUCUUUUUGAUUUCUGCAUUACAGAUUUGAUUUGUAAUGCUAAGGUAAUUUGCAAUGCAGUUUACACUAGUGCGAUGCUUUUGCAGUUCAUACCCCGCGUCACCGAAAAGACGACAGGAGGGAAGUUCCAGUGGGAGUAGCGAGGAGCAGGCGAAAAGGAUGAGGAAGAACGGGGAAGGUGCCAGAAACUACACUUACACGGCCAGUGAGGUAAGGAACUUUCCUCCCAACUGGGCGUAUCAAGUGCCACGAUGUCUGGGUCUUGAAGAAUAGAUGUUUGUCAUGCUUGUUUGGCAUGACUGGUAAAUCUGUCAUGCACGUUAUCCAAGAGCAGCCCCACUUAUCUGUCAUGCAGAAACGCAGUUUGUCAUGCAGCAGAAGCAACGCCUAGAAGCUCGG